UCCGGCCCAAGCGGGAAUAACACCUCUACUGAAUACUGAUAGUUACGAUAAUAAUCAGAUGAAUCAAUUAGUUGUCUUCGCUGACCUCUGGAUCUCUGAAUCCAUGUCCUUAUACAGACAACUACUAUAAGAAAUGGAGUAAUGGAUCGGGUUCUUUCGAAAGUCAGUUUAUAAUUAAGACAAUUUAUACUAAAACAAACAAGCAUAGAAGAUGUGGUUGGUCUUUUUCAAAUGAAGGGAAAUAAUGUACAAUCGAGGGAUUUGAUAGUGAACAUUGAUUAUGAACUAGGUAAGUAAGCGGCGGCCGUGUAUUUCCAGUUAUUUUGCAAAUUUUAGAAGCUUAUUUGCGUUAAUAUUAUGAUCAGUGAGUUGAAAUGGUUGUUAGAAUAGAAUCUAGAAUCUGGAAAUUGUUGAUGGUGAUAGUUCAGGAUGGAACCCAAAUCAACUUCCAAAGUUAAGUUGUCUGCUAAGGAAUUCAAUCCAUGGAAACGAGUCUUCAAUGUUUUCUCUUUUGGAUUUCUCAUUCUGUUAUCGUCUAUUGGUGUUUAUUUAGCAUUUAAUUUUGUCAAGGCUCGAAAUAUAUUAGAGAGUUCAUAUUAUACUGUUGUAGUGGACUGUGGAAGCACUGGAACACGAGUGAACGUUUUCGAGUGGGAAAAAGGGGGUUUAAUCAGUGACAAUCUGCCGUCUUUGUUGCAUUCUUAUCCAGAUGAUUUGACCAAGGGUCCACUUGCAAAACAAUCUUGCCACUAUCAUUGCAUGCAGACCGAGCCUGGUUUACACAAAUUUGUUGGUAAUGGUUCAGGAGUGAGGGCGUCUUUAGAACCGUUGAUUGCAUGGGCAGAACAAAGGGUACCUCAUGAAAGACAUGGACAUACUCCCGUUAUUAUUUUAGCUACUGCUGGAUUGAGAAGAUUGGUAGCCAGGGAUGCUAAGCAGGUACUGGAUGAUAUAGAGAUUGUUAUAAGGGAACAUUCUUUUGUGUAUACUAAGAACUCAAUAAGGGUUCUGACAGGGAAAGAAGAGGCCUACUAUGGUUGGGUUGCUCUGAACUAUAAAAUGGGUAGCCUUGGAAAUUCCUCCAAAGCAUCUACCUUUGGACUUCUCGAUCUAGGAGGUUCAUCGUUGCAGGUUGUGGUGGAAGUAUCUGACAAGAAUGACAAUGGAAAUGUCAUGACAUCAAAUAUUGGUUCAACUAAUCAUAAGAUUUUAGCAUUCUCAUUACCAGCAUUUGGUUUGAAUGAGGCAUUUGAUCGGACAGUCAUCAUGCUCAGUCAAAAUCAAACAUAUGGGCGAAAUGCCUCUAACAGAUUUGAACUCAGGCACCCUUGUCUCAGUUCUAAUUUUGUGCAAAAUUACACUUGCCCUGGUUGUGCUAUGCUGAACAUAAGUGAUGGUAUGGAAAAUUCUGAAACUCAGAUGCAUAGAACUCAGUUUUCUUCGACAUAUUUGAUUGGAGACCUAAAUUGGGAGCAAUGCAAGGAGCUUGUGAGGGCAGCUGCAAUGAACUAUAGUGGUUCAGAUUGGUCACAACAAUUUGUUGAUAGAAACUGUGAAGCAAAUUCAUCUCCUAAUGGUGGUAACGAUAUGCUAAAAUUGACAUCUAUUGUCCAUCAUAGUGGACGCUUUCAUGCAUUAUCUGGGUUUUUUGUUGUUUACGACAUGUUAAACUUGAGUCCAAGGGCCAGUGUGACAGAGAUUUGGAAGAAGGGUGAGCAGUUAUGUUCAUCAUCAUUGACCGAGUGGAACAUUGAUUUCCAAAGACAAAAGUAUGCUGGAUAUUAUUGUUUUCGGGUGUCUUAUGUGGCAUCAGUUAUUGAAGAUGCUCUAUGCCUUGGCAAUGCAGAGAUUGUAUUUGGCCCAGGCGACCUUUCAUGGACAUUAGGUGCUGCACUAGUCUAUCAGCUAGAUACUAGGGAAGCUUUUGCAAGCAUUUCAACUAUAAGAAACUUAAAGAUGUCAUCUACAGUUUUCCUUUUAGUUCUGCUACUCUCCCUUUUCCUUGUUGUGCAUUGCACCCAAAUAAAGCUUCCCAUGCUGGGCAGGAAGGUUUCCAAUGUCGGGGUACCUUUGCCAUCUUACUAUCUUCAUGCAAAACGGUGAUCACAUUGAUACUGAACACAGCAAUUGAGUAAUUGGUAUAGUUAGCCUGAUCGUAGUAGGAAGAUUCUUUGGAAAAAAAAAAACGCUGUAUAAGUUGGAAAAGAAUCUGACAUUUUGUUUACAUAGGUUUGGAUUCUAUAAAUGCUUAUAUUGUUUAAGAUUA